AUGCCAGUUUACGUUUCUCUGUCUUCCAACCCUCGGGGAGCGUUGAUUCUGGCUAUAUUUUGGAGUAUUCUAGCCGUCUGCACCACCUUCGUAGGCCUUCGCUUGUACUGCAAGAUCAUUCGUGGCCGCCGCCUUUGGUGGGAUGAUCACUUGUUGAUAGCAGCUUGGGCCCUAUUCUUCACAAACGCCGCCAUUGUCACUACCAGCGUCCGCAUGGGAUACGGGCUACACAACAAUGAUGUACCCGUGGGAAACCGGAUGUUACUGUAUAUUCUCGGCAAUAUCACUGGCACCACAUCGGUCCUCUACGUGCUGUUCAGCAAAAUAUCCUUUGCCGUGACGCUUCUUCGACUCACGGAUGGCUGGUUGAAGCGACUCAUCUGGUUUAUCAUCAUUACUUUGACGCUAUGCCAGCUCAGCAGCUCCAUUACGUUCUGGCUUCUGUGCAACCCCCCGGAGGCGACAUAUGACCCUGAUAUCAAGGUCAAAAAAUGCUGGGGCCCCACCGGUCUCCUCGCCUACUCGAUUGCUCUCGGAAUUUACUCAGCCUUGUGUGACAUCGUGCUUGCGCUUCUACCGUGGCGAAUCCUUUUGCGAUUCCACAUGUACCGAGGCGAAAAGGUCGGCGUGGCUGUAGCCAUGAGCAUGGGGGUCUUUGCCGGAAUCGCGGGCUUUAUCAAGGUGUCGACAGUCGGCAAAAUGGAGAGUGACGACUUCAGCUACGAGGGAUUCAUUCUGGUAAUUUGUGCCCUCGUCGAGGGGGCUUGCGCCGUGAUGGCUGCCUCAAUACCCGCUCUGAGGGCUCUGUUCAUUCAUGUCUUCGAAACUCCAGAGCAGCCGAGCAUCGAUGUAGUCGUCGAUAGUAACAGAUCAGCAGGGGCAUCAGCACGCCGAGCCCGAUCCGACUGGGACGAAAGAAAGUACGAGAACAGAAGCGACGACGGAAUCCUGGCGAUACCACCGGCAAGCAGCAGCAGUAUGGACCGGUCGGUCGAAACAGAUAUCGAACGAGAUUCCCCAAGACCGCUAAGCAACUGGUUCGAAAUGCAACACUGGAAGUCAGCAAAGGGUUGA